AUGAAUGUAAACUUUACUUUUGACCCACAACCACAAGCAAAACACCGCUUACGUGACGAUGCUCUCAAAAUAUUCGAGGAUUACUGGCAUCAAAACAUUGGACAAACACCAUCACAUGUCAUGAGGCGCAUUCUAACAAAUCAAGUCAAGCAAAUACCAGGGCAUGAAUAUUACACAUCUGCACUCACAAAGUCGUGGUUUGAACGAAGAGUAAAGAAAUGGCGCCAAUCUGGGGCACCAUCGUCCACGCUAACGGCGCGUGCGAUCGAGCAACUAACGGUCUUGCUGCGCGACCAACCAGAACCUUCGCAAGUAGCGGUGGAAACAUGGGCAUCCAUGCUUGCAUCGCACGGCGUUGCGUACCAGGAUGUGAUCAACUGGGUGAACACAAACAAGCUCAACGUUAACAAACCCCCUACAAACACUCGUCUACCCACUCCGGCCGAUACAGCGUCGCCUUCACACUCGCCUUCGCUGCCACCGUCAUCGCCUGUAAUAAACCACACGGAAACUCAGAAUAACAAUUAUCCAAGUACCACUAGUGUGAAGCGGGAGCUCCUGCAGUCGCCGACGUUGGCCCCGCUCAUAAUUCCCAAUGCGACUGUUACACAACAUACCAAUGUUUACGUGCCGAGUCAUCAAGCGGCUGGCAGAUAUCCACCAUCCUCAUCCGCCUCGCUAGCUUCCAAUUCCAGUAUAUCAUCCUCACGGCCUCCCCCAACACCUGUAUCACCUGUUGGAGCCGCAGUUCAAUCCGCAUCCGCAUUUCCUGCUAGGAUAAAAAACUUGUCUCAUCCUAAUGCAAAUACGGCAGAGCAUUCUUCCGUUAAAGUUGUUGAUCCUCGUCUAUUACGGCAGCAGCAGCAACAACAACAACAGCAGCAGCAACAACAGCAGCAACAGCAACAGCAAUCUCUACCCACACAUUCAUCCGCACAGCCACAAGAAUGCUCAAAGCCUACAAUUACUCCUUUGUUUCAUGCAAUAUUGCAAGGAGUUGCAGACGCCACGUCAACUCCAACUACCCAAGAUACAGCUCGUCCUUUAUCGUCCACCGAGUUUAACCAAAUGUUUGAACUCUACGAAGAACAAAUGAACCAACUUAUGCAAUCUCUUGAAAACUCAUAA